UUCUUAAAGCCACACCCACAGAGACAACAGUCAAUCAGAAACCCCACAAACUCUUAGUCCUCCUUCUGAACAAAUUUAACUUCUUUCUCUUUCUUUUCUCUCUCUAGAAUCAGAGAGGAGGAGAGGAGCUGGGGAAGAGAGAGACGGCUAUGAUGGAUCCUUCAUCACCUUUGAAACCCCCAAAACAAAACAUUUUAAAUUAAAAUCCUUUCAAAAUCCCCACAAACCCCACCAGAUGGAACUUGCAGAUUUGCAACCCAAUAAACCAAACAACAACAACAAUAACAAUACCAACGCAGAAUCCCACCUCCUUCACCACCACCAAAAGCCGCCGCCGCAACGGCAGUCGCCUUCUCCUUCCUCUCACCUCGUGGUCCCUAGUUUCGAUGGCAGAUCAUCCUCACAGAAUCCUUUUGGUAUGGGCUCCAUCCAUCAUCUUCAUCCUGCUUCUUCAACAGGUACCACCACCACCACCACCACUUCACCUUUCUCUUCUUCCUCCCCUACUACCUCUUCCGCUUCUACGGUCGCUGCUGUCGACGCCUCUCUCGCUAUUGCCACCAGAUCUACUGCUUUGAACACUGAUUCUACCAAAAAGACUCAGUCCAACUUGCCGAUUACACCCACCACCACGACAACCGUGACAACGACGGCUAAUAACCAGCCGGUGAAGCGGACCACCAAGGACCGGCACACGAAGGUCGAUGGCCGAGGGCGGCGUAUCCGAAUGCCGGCUGCUUGUGCCGCUAGGGUUUUUCAAUUGACGAGAGAAUUAGGUAAUAAAUCCGAUGGGGAGACGGUUGAGUGGCUUUUACAGCAGGCAGAGCCGGCCAUAAUUGCAGCCACUGGAACCGGUACUAUCCCGGCGAAUUUCUCCACUCUCAAUGUCUCCAUGAGGAGCAGUGGAUCCACGCUCUCCGCGCCGCCUUCAAAAUCAGUUUCCCACGCGUUUCAUAGCGCGUUGAAUUUAGCUCAUCAUCCCCAUGCUCACUACGAAGAAGGACUCGCCGCGCAUAGUGCUUUUUUGGGAUUUCACCAUCAGCAACAGCAUCUGAUGACGGUAGAUCAUAUAGCGGAAGCGUUACCUGGCAGUGGAAGUGGCACUGGAGAGACUAGCCGAGGCGGCGGAGAUUCAGCUGAAAAUUAUUUGAGGAAACGCUUCAGAGAGGAUUUAUUUAAGGAUGAGAAUCAACAGCAAGGCGAAAAUAGCGGCGCCCGUGACGGUAACGGUUCACCUAUCAAGGCAUUUAAAGGUGGUUUAGGGCAGUUACCAAAACCGCAACAGGACCCCGGUUCCUCCGGUAUGCUUCGGCCGUCAAAUAUUCUCCCCGGAGCAGCCAUGUGGGCAGUGGCACCAGCACCGACCAGUGGAGCUGGCAGCACAUUCUGGAUGCUACCCGUUACAGCUGGGGCCGGUGGUCCAUCCGUAGCCACACCCGGCUCCGGUCGUGGCCCGUCCGAACCCCAGAUGUGGCCUUUCGGAACGGUAACUCCGGCUGGCGGAAACACAAUACAGGCUCCUCUACAUUUCAUGCCGAGGUUUAAUCUUCCAGGGAAUAUUGAAUUCCAGGGCGGGAGAGGGAAUCCUCUACAAUUGGGUUCAAUGCUAAUGCAGCAGCAACCAUCGCAGCAUCUAGGAUUGGGGAUGUCGGAGUCAAAUUUGGGGAUGCUGGCGGCGCUUAGUGCCUACUCUAGAGGCGGUCCAAACAUGAACUCCGACCAAAACAAUCCACUGGACCAUAAUCGGCACCAGCCUCAGGGGACAGACAGUGGAGAUGAAGACCCAAAUAGUUCUCAAUGAACGGUAAAAAAAAAAAAAAGGGGUUUAAAUUCAAAUAUUAGAAAUCGCAUUUGAUCUUUUCUUUUCCAUCUUUUAAUUUUAUUACGUAGAGAGGAGGAACUAGAGAUUGUUGGGUUUGUUUGUUUAGAUUUGGAAAAUGAAUUUGUAGUGAAUUGAGUACAUGAAAAUUGAAAAUUCAGUGGAAAUGUGGAAUAUCAUCUUGAUAAGGGAAAGGAAAGGGAAGGGAAGGGUUUCUUUAGGUAGUCUCUUAUUUUAAAAUUUUAGGUUAAAUUCUCUUUUUUGGAUUUUUUUUCCCUUUUCUGGGUAGCUGGUAUGGAAGAGUUUGGUUUGUAGUUUUAGUUCUUGUCCAACAGACAGACAGAGUGACUGACAGGGAAAGGGAAGUGAGAGAGAUUGUAUAGGAGGAUGGUUUGUCGCUAUUUUAUGUAAAAUUAAUUAUUUGCUUUGUUUGUAUGAUGAAUUUUGGAAAACCCAAAAAAAAAAAAAUAUUUAAGAAAAAGAGGGAAAAACCCAUUAUUUUGCUUGUAAUUUUGCUUUUGCGUGAUCUUUUUUCCAUUUUCUAUUUUAUUUGAAAUGAAGUGAUCCAAAAAGCAUGCCUCAGUUGGGUCUUACCUUCUUCCACUACUGCAUAUAUUUUAUAUAUUAAUUGUCUUCCAACUUGUUUUCCCAUUAUCAAAAUUUUCUAGCAUUGGCAUGCUUGAUUUUCCUUUUAAACAAACAAAGCUCAUAUGAAAGUCUCCCUGAUUCCCGGGAAUUUUUGUUCCUCCUUGGAAGUUUUAUGAUUGUUUAAUGCAUUCAUCAUUGGAAAUGUAUCAUCAUCAAAGUGCCUUAGAAUUUAAUUCAAAUCGAGGGAGAUUGUGAAAGUGUCUUUGGAUUCUCUUUAGAAAGAUCUCAUUUUUGGAGGGACAGUCUGAAAUCAUCUUUUGUUUAGAAUCUCCUUCACUCACUUGGACUGAGUUGUA